AUGAUACUUCAUCGCUUGAUUUUUCUGCACUCUUGGUUGCUUCAUCUUCGUCUUGUUCUAGUGAUAUGGGGUGAUAAGUACCCUUUUGACAAGGUGUCGAGUUCAGUUUCUUUAGAUACCAAAAGCUACUUGAGGAAUCCAGUGUUCCUGGAGACGAGCGACGUUGUGCAAGUAGCAAUUAUAUCAGUGGUGCAUAAUCCUUUAUCUUAUCAUGUCAGGUGGCGUAGGUCAAAGUCACGAGGAAAGCAACCUCGACGCGUGCAUGCGAAAACAACACGUCGACAAUUCACACAACUUUCUUCACAUACAAAGAGAAGGCGCAAUGUUUGA